GAUCAUUGGAAUCUUAUUUUGAAUUAUGGUCCAAAAUAUCCUGAAUAUAAGCGUGGAGGAUAUGCUUCUUUAGAUGAUCCUCUUAGAUAUUACAAGGGUGAAGAUUCUCACCAUGCGAGCUUGGAUGCAGAAAGGAGAAUAGUUGAAAAUAAAUUUUCUCAUUAUGAGUACGAUGAAAACGCUGGUCGAAAUUAUUAUUCGUACUUUGAUUCAUUUGAAGAAAGGAAACAAAUUCAAUCCGAAUUUAUAGAAUCCGAUAAAAUUAAUAAAUCAACAAACAUUAGCACACAAAUUUAUGAAAAUUCGGUAUGCACGAAAUGGAAUUUUAAACAAAGUAUAAGUCAAGCUUUAGAAAAUUUAUCUGAUAAAAGUAAG